AUGACCGGGAACACGCCCUUUGUCACAGCUCCGGCCCAGGGCAAAGUUAACCCGGGCUCCCACAACAACACCUUCUCCUUGAAGAUCAUCAGCAUUGCUACUUCUGAAACCCCGGCUACAGUGCCCUUAGAUAAGGGCAAACUUGGAGAGAACGAUGCUCAGGAAAAGCCUCAAGGGCCUCCCAUCAAGGCGGUUUUGCUCACGACCCUACCGUUGCAUGCGCCAAAUCUAGGCGUUUUCAGAAGCUAUGUGACGUUACGUUUUGUCAGAAAUCGCCUCAUGCAGUCUUUUCCAUCUGCGACACCAUUCACUUUUUGUAAUGAAGAGGGCGCAGCAACUCAAGAUGACUUGAGCCUGAAUGCUUACUUUGCACUGCUCAAGAGACAGCCAACCCUCCAGGAUACAACCUUCAACGUAUAUGUCACCUCUAGCGGACCUCCUGCGACUCAAGCGAGCACCUACUUUGCCGCUCUCCUGAAGAAGCCUUUCCUGCUGAAAUUCUUGCGAGUAAUAGACUCUCAAAGGAGCAACAUCGAGACAUCUCUCGACUCUGGGGCCUUCAAGGGGAAGAAUGCCGCCGAUACUACGCUACAUACCUUGCGCGGAGUUGUCAAGUCCAUGAGCGUCGACUCCAGACAAGACAUUUUCUGUUUACCUGACGGGACACCAGUCCAGGACAAUGUUUCCCUUCUGCAGUAUCUCGUCAUGGUGAAUCCAACCAUCAGCGGAGCCGAGAAGAUCCCUUCAGUUCCAGUGUUUCUGAAGAAAACAGGGCUCUUGGCCAUUCAAUCAACCCAGGGCGUGACGAGUGGUAGCCCGGGGUUCAUUCCAGGCUCAGGGCGCCCCUAUGGCGAUCCCAAUAGCGGUGCCCCUGGCCAAUGGGCCACGGGUAUAGACCAAUCGGUUAUUUCCAAGCUAGGGAGUCUUGACAUGUCAUUCACGGACAGAUCAGCUCAGGAACUACAUCGUGACAAGACUGACCUCCAGGCCACUGAGAUGCUCCACGAGAAGGACCAUGCAGGGGCAGCUGGGGCUCUGCCGAAUAUCCACAAGCUAAGUGAAACAGAGUGGGAUAUGAUCUUGAAGAAUGGGAAUGCCUUUUGUGGAUGGAUCAUAGACUUUGAUGGCAACAAGAUUCGCCGGGCUCCUCAUGCUGCGUUUAGACUUCGAAAGGGUCUCAACCUCGAAAAGGUAAAUGUUAAGGUCGAAAAAGUGUCAACUCCAACGCCCUCUGCCACCGACAAGAAGCAAGACCAAGAGCAUUCGGAGAGUGGCUCAGACGACAAGGACCCCAAGUCCAAAGCGAAAGAAGACUCAGCGGCUCCAACUACAGAUGAAAUGAAGGAAUACAUGCCGAGAAAGGCCCAUGGAAUCCCCAACUUUAUGGUCAACGAUGACUCCAGCAUCGAGGUUGCUGCCGUGCGACACGCGUUUUCGCAGUCAAUGGCUGAGAAUCACUUCGAUAAAACGACUUUCGAUUUUGAAGCGUCUGGAGGCUUCCGCGGCAUCACCGCUGGAGCACAAGGUGGCAUACCUCGCGUGACGGUGUAUCUACCCGCCGAAGACCUAGAAGUCACAGACGAGUUUGCUGCCGCGGUUGAAAAGAUCCGCAAAACACGCAACUUGUAUGAUCUUCGCAAACUUCAUCAAAUGUUUGGUCAGGUCUUUUGCAGCGAAAUUGUCCUUGGAGGCUGUCUUCAGACCUCAAAGACUCUCGACGCAAAAGAACAAGAAAAAGAGUCGAUGGCCCGAUCCGAAUUCAAGGCCAGUGUAGGCUUGGCUGUGGGCUUCCGUCAGAUUGCGAGCGGGUCGGUGAAGGCCUCCCAUGAGAAUCAGAGCCAUCAAGAGCAGGGUAACAAGGAUACGAAACAGGUAGAACAUCUAUCGUUCAACGCUACCGGCGGCAACACCAUCCUGGCAGCAGAUCCUCCAGCCUGGUUGACAAGCGUUGGGUCCGUCGUGAAUAGCUGGAGAGUUAUUCAGCAAUCUCAACUCACAGCCGUCAUGGAUGUGGUCUCGGCCAUUCCCCAUUAUGAAGAAGUCAACAAGUGGUUCCUUCAAGCUGUUCCCAAGCUAACAGACUAUGUCAUCAUUCCUCAGAACAGAACCGUCAACGCUCGGUUCAAAGUCAUGUUCACUCUAGAAGGCCUUUCAAGAGCUCUCGCAGGCUUAAAGGUUGGAAAAGAUGGGCAGGAGAGCAAGAACGAGGACGUCGGCAUCUCCAAAGGCAGCGAUUCCGGUGCCAUUCAGACUUACUUGGCCCAUCAGCCUGAGAAACCUCCCAUCUACGUGCGAACUUUUGUGAAAAAGUACGACGAGAAACCGAUGAUCGUACCAUCACCUCCCCGGUGGGAGGGAGGUAGGAUGAAGGUGGAUGCAACGGCCGAGAUUUAUCAGACGACAAAGACGACGACUCAUGCCAUCUUCCAACCACCAAGUACCCAAGCUCCAGUUCUCAUCAAUCCUCGAGCCUUGAAGCCUCUGCCUCCAAAAGCAGACUCCAAAGGAAAGCCCUCACCUGCAACCAUUGACGGUAGGACAGUCUGGGCAAUAGAAGUCCCAGAAGGAUACAGCCUCACUCACGAGUCCCUCGUUACCAUCAAGUCCCAAGCUUCGUCCACUCCUGGCACUUCUCUGACCUUGAGCGUGUAUCGCAACUCCCAAGGUGUCUUUAUGCCUGCCAUCACAAACCAGCCGGAUCCAGUAUACUGGCGAGUCCUCAAAGUCAAUGCUAAAACCGGUGGCAAAGACGCAAACCAACUCAAGUAUGGCGAUCCAAUCCGACUGUGCUGGCGAUUUUCAGACCAGACAAGUGGUUGGCGAGAUUAUGUCGACGACUAUUAUGGACGUCGUCGGUUCGACCAUCCAGCGGAGCUUGGUAAAAAUGAGGGUGCUCUAUACCUCAAGGCUCCCUUUCCUCGUUUCGAGGCCCUAGAUGAUCCGCAAGGAAUGUCACUUGUUCUGAGCUCAGCUGCAACCAAAGAUCCCAUCUUGACAAAGCUCAAGCUACGCGAGCCGAGCGCCCCCGGAGGCAGUGAGCAAGUCGCCUACAACUUAUUUGACCUGACAUUCCGCCUCGACUUUGUACCGGCCAAUGGGCAAGUAGAGGCUUACGAGUACAUGGAUAUGGUCCGUGAGGACGACACAUACGCGAGCCUGACAGAACUCCGGACAAAGUACAAGGUCAUCAGCCACGUGACGAAUACAUUUGUCAAGCAAUUUGAGAACAUUGUCAAUGCUGUUCGCCACGGUUCCCCAGGUGAUGUCUUGAAGGAGACGUUCAAGGGUGCUAUGAUGGUCAACCCAGUUGGAUUUUUGACGAAGUUGGCGGGAUUCUGGUGA